AAGAACGUUUGCUUGAGAGCAUGGUGUGCGCGCUGCGAUGACACACAGACUAGCAACCAAUUCGCUCACCGAGCGGGAGCCCCUUCUAUCAACAUCCUAAACAGAAAACCCUCGAGGGUCCGCGUGCAAGCGUGCGCGCCUUCGCAACCUGCCGGCCCGGGCCCGGUCCCACCGCUCCACAUCUCCUGCCUGUCAGCACAUUCCGUCCUCAGCAAGAGCACGGCCGUCUUUUAAGUGUGCGGUACGUACCCGUGCUGGUGUACUGUUUGGUCGCCAGUAUCUCUACCAUCCUGCUGGACGACGCUUAGAAUUCCAGUCCUAGUGCCUGGAGCAAAACGAUCUACAAUCAACAAGAGACAGUUGGGGUAAAUCGCACACGACGAAUCCUGCGAUACAUACACCCGGAUAAAGCGCACAGCACUGUGAGUGUACAUCGAAUAAGAUAUAUGGAAAGUACGUCACAGCAACCAAAUCAACAACAACAACAACAGUACCCGGAAAUGGAGCAACAGCUCGAACCGGUGGGCACCGCGAUGGAGAAUCUCGCCCUAAUGUCUCAGCCAGCGAACGCUUUGAGCUUGGGGAAGAAGCGUGCCGGACGCGGUGCUGUCUCGAGCGGACUCACCCACGAGUGUGGUGUAUUCGGUGCGAUUGCGACGGGCGAAUGGCCGACGCAAAUUGACGUGGCCCAGGUCAUCUGCCUCGGUCUAGUAGCACUGCAGCACCGCGGCCAGGAAUCGGCCGGUAUCGUCACGAGUGAGGGCCACUGCGCGAAAAACUUUAACGUGCACAAGGGUAUGGGCAUGAUCAACAAUAUCUUCACGGACGAUUCGAUGAAGAAGCUGAAGGGCAAUCUCGGCAUCGGGCACACGCGCUAUUCGACGUCGGCCGCCUCGGAGGAGGUCAACUGCCAACCGUUCGUGGUGCAUACGGCGCACGGUGCGCUCGCGGUCGCCCACAACGGAGAGCUGGUAAACUGCGAGAGCUUGCGGAAAGAUGUGCUGUCUCGUGGAGUUGGACUGUCGACGCACAGCGACUCGGAGUUGAUCACGCAAGCUCUCUGCCUGAAUCCGCCGGAAGGCGAGGUAGAUGGACCGGACUGGCCGGCACGUAUCAAGCAUUUGAUGCAGCUUGCUCCACUCUCGUACUCGCUCGUAAUCAUGCUCAAGGACAAAAUCUACGGUGUGCGCGAUCCGUACGGUAACCGGCCGCUCUGCAUUGGGAAGAUUGUUCCGCUCACUAUUGGCGCGUAUCGUCACGAAAAGGUCGACAAGCUGCCCGCCGAAGGGUGGGUUAUAUCGAGCGAGAGCUGCGGCUUUCUGUCGAUCGGUGCCAGAUACGUGCGAGAGGUUCAGCCUGGUGAAAUCGUGGAAUUGACGCGCGACGGCAUCAAGACGAUUGACAUUAUUGACUGUCCAGAGAAUCGGCGCCACGCAUUCUGCAUCUUCGAGUACGUGUACUUUGCCCGGUCGGACUCUAUUUUCGAAGGCCAGAUGGUGUACUCUGUGCGGUUACAAUGUGGCCGCCAACUGGCCAGAGAAGCCGGCGUUGACGCUGACAUUGUCAGUUCCGUGCCUGAGUCGGGUACGGCUGCAGCACAUGGUUUUGCACGAGAGGCUAACCUGAACUUUGCGGAGGUGUUGUGCAAAAACAGAUAUGUUGGUCGUACCUUCAUUCAGCCCUCGACCCGACUCCGUCAACUAGGUGUGGCGAAAAAGUUUGGUGCUCUGUCCGAGAACGUGGCCGGCAAGCGACUGGUCCUGAUUGAUGACUCCAUCGUUCGGGGCAACACAAUCGGUCCGAUCAUUAAGCUGCUGCGCGAUGCCGGCGCCCUAGAGGUACACAUCCGAAUAGCCAGCCCGCCACUGCUCUAUCCGUGCUACAUGGGCAUCAACAUUCCAACGCGCGAGGAGCUUAUUGCGAACAAGUUGAACGCUGAGGAACUGGCUAAGUAUGUUGGCGCGGACAGCCUGGCAUAUCUGAGCGUGGAGGGUUUAAAGAAGGCAGUGCAGCUGAAUAUGAGUGUGAAGAAACCGGAACAGGUUGGUCACUGUACCGCCUGUCUGACUGGCGAUUAUCCCGGCGGGCUACCGGAUGAGCUGGAUUGGUAGGGCACAGGCUAUUUGUUUUGUGUGUGUGUUUUUUUUGCACGUACAUUGUAAGGAAAGUAGUGACGUAAUAUAAUCGUACGAUCGGAGUUAUAAAAAAGAAUAAAAUGAGACUUUAGUGUAAUAAGCUAGAAGCAUUACGAUUUUCGUUGAAAUAGAACGAGGUCAGGCUUUUUUAUUCUAUUGCGUGGCAUAAACGCACUAUUAUCCUACACGACCACGUGUUGGUCAUUUUCCGGUCCAAACAUCAAUCUUUAUUCAACCAUAAAUAUUUAGAUCUUUUCUAACGCAGCAUAAAUCUUUUGUUAAAAUCUAUAAAAUCGAAUUUUUAAUAGAACGAAAACAUUAAGAUUUUAAACCAGGUACCAUGCGUCCCCACUGGCACAUUAUUUUUGUAGUAGACAUUGUCCAUGCUCCUGUCGAUUAUGUUUGUUUUGAUUUUGGCUACAGCAACAAGAAACAGCAAGAAAUUAUUGUUCCAGUUUUGUUAAAGCGUUUUUAAAUGUCUCAUUAUAACAUGAAAAACAACAAA